AAAUAUAUUAAUUAUAUUAUAUAGAAUAAAAAACAAUAAGAAAAAAACUAAUUUUAUAAAUAUUGAAAGUAGACUUUAUUUUCUAUUUUAUUUAUCUAAAUAUGAAUGAAAUAAAUAAUUGAAUGUUGAAUAUAGAUAUUAAAUUUAGUUUUAAAUUAUUUAAUUAUAUUAUUAUUUCGAUAAAAAAAAUAAGUUGACAUUGAUUUUUAGUCAAACGAAUAAUAGUUGAAUAAAAAAAUAAAAAUUGAUCCUUUUAAAUUAAAUUAAUUAUUUAAAUAGUUAAUUAAAUUAUUAUUUGAUAUAAAUAAUAGUAAAUAAAUAUAAUAUGAUUAACAAAAUUUAUUUUAUUGUUUUUAUUUUUAUAUUAAAUAUAAAUCAAUAUAUUUAUUUUAGACAUCUUAUAAAGAAUUUUUACGUAAUAAUGAUAAACGUGAACAUAUAGAAAAUUUUCAAAUUCAUACGAAAAAAUUAGUUGAUAUAUCAUUAGAAUUGUUAUCAAGUAAUAUGGCUUAUAUUGAAUAUAUAUCAUUAAUAACAAUAAAUCAUUUAUAUGAUUUAUAUGUUUAUCAUAAUUUAUUAAAUUCUGGUAAAUAUAAUACAUGUUAUAUACCAUCAUCAAGAAGACAAUUAAAUAUUAAUUCAAAUAUAUCAAAUUAUUCAACAACAAAUAAAUCUAAAUAUAAUUGUUCAAAUAAAUCUUCAAGAUUAUCAAAUAUUUUACGUCGAAUAUCACGAGAAAAUGAUGAACAAAAAUCAUCAAUUAAUCUUAUACGAUCAACAAAUCCAACACAACAAAUAUUUGGAUCAGUUGAAUCUUGUUCAACAAUGAAUAAUAAUUCAAAUGAUAUAUCAAAACGAUCAAUUCCAUUAUAUAAUAAUAAUAAUAUAGAUCGAUCAUCAUUAUCAUCGUCAUCAUCAUCAUCAACAACAACAACAGCAGCAGCAGCAGCAGCAGCAAAAGGAUCAAUAUAUGAUUUAUCAAAUUCAAAUUUAUCAAAAUCAAAUAAUAUUAAAUAUGAUUUUAUUGAAAAUUCCUCAAAUGAUAAAUCAAAUACAAUAUAUACAUAUGAACCAUUUUCAAAUUUAUAUCAAAUUGAACCAAUUAUAUUAUUAGGUUUAAUGCGUACACGUUUAGAUGCUCAUAGAAAUGAAUUUAAUAAUCGACCAAAAUGUGUACCAUCAACACGUUCACCUUUAUGUACACAUCAUUGUGUUAUUAUAUUAGCAGCGAGAUUAUUAACUAUACUUUCUCAAAAUCAUAAUUUUCAAUUAAAAUUUAUUGAAAAUAAACAAAAUUUAUCUAUUAUUAUUGAUAUGUUAAAUAUUAAUAAUGAUCCAGUAAGCAUUUUUUUAGGUUUUUUUUCUUCUUCUUC